UAAAGACCCAAAGGCUCUUUUCAGAGCCACACACUUCGUCCUAAAAGGCAAAUCAAGUAUUGCGUGCUAUGAUCAAUGGGUGUUUUUCUUAAGGACGCACUUUGCACAAUAGUGCGCGAAUGAAUUAGCGAUUUCACGCUAUGGGUGGAUUUCUGUCCCCCCACCCCAGAACAAGACGCAUGAGUCUGUAGCUGCUUAUUAAUUGCAAUGUAGUUAUCGUACUAUAUGUAACACAUGAAACGCAGGAAAUGGCAAGAAUGCGACCCCAGGAACUUUAAUUUUGAGGACAUUCCAUUAAAGUCGUGUUCUGCCGGCUCAGGUCACAAUUUCUGUGCGGAUUAUGGCUUUAUUAAGAUGAUCAACAUCCGUGAAAAUCAUAAUGUGGCCGUGAAUCGUUCGAACAGCUACACUGAAAUAAUAUAGUGUGGUAGACUGCUAAAAUGCUUCAACUAAACAGCUUAUGCUUCGGUUUUUUUGGUAAAUGAGACGUGUUCGUUGUGUUCCUACAGCGAAGUUAAUUUGCGUUGAUUUCUGCUGAGGCAAAAAUCUUGGAGGGACCGAGAUAUGUUUGAGGCCAACAAUUUGAGAGAAACGCAUCUGAUUGUUAUUUCUAUGGUGGUGGUUAGCCGUGCUCGAAAGUCAGCCUACCUUAAAAUGGCUAAAUAAGGCAAUAAAAUAAAACGUAUUAAAAUAAUACCAUUUUACUUUGUGAAUUCCUGAGUGCGGAAUGGCUGUAUGUAAGAAAAAGGGCUUCGUGAGAGUAGUAGAACUGAGCCAAUAGAAUUUGAAUGUCAUCUGGCGGUCUUUAGCUGUCCAAUGAAAUGGCUUUCCGAGGUUUCCUGUCUGAUUUGGAUACAACCAUUAUAUAAGGAGGUCGAGUUAUCUUGCUUCCCAUUGCUUGUGUUUGAUAGCGAGUAGGAAACAUGCCUGAACCAGCGAAGUCUGCGCCCAAGAAGGGCUCGAAGAAGGCAGUGACGAAGACUGCCGGAAAGGGGGGAAAGAAGCGCAAGAGGUCUAGGAAGGAGAGCUACGCCAUUUACGUGUACAAGGUCCUGAAGCAGGUUCACCCGGACACGGGUAUUUCUUCCAAGGCCAUGGGUAUCAUGAAUUCUUUCGUCAAUGAUAUCUUCGAGCGUAUCGCUGGUGAGGCGUCCCGCCUGGCUCACUACAACAAGCGCUCCACCAUCACUUCCAGGGAGAUCCAGACAGCCGUGCGCCUUCUGCUUCCUGGCGAGCUGGCCAAGCACGCCGUUUCUGAGGGAACCAAGGCGGUCACCAAGUACACCAGCUCCAAGUAAAGCUUCUGCCGCUUUGCAAAAGGAAACCAAAGGCUCUUUUAAGAGCCACCUAUAAAGUCGGAAGAGAGCAAACGCCGUCGCGAAGCUUUUCGCGCUUACGGGGUUUCAUAUUGUGGUUAUAUGCUGAACUAGAAAUGACUAAAAUUAGGACACAGAGUUCGCUUGAAGGUUGUUUACAAAUUCUUAGUUUGAAGGAUUAGUGUAGAAUUGUUACUGUGAUGUGUUCAUGUGAAAUUCUGGAAGAGGAAGGAUUUUAAAAGCUCCUCAAUUAGCCGUUCGGUGGUUAUAUUAUUUCACCUUAACAGCUCUAUAUUUUGCAUGUGGUUUAGAUCUAGUUAUUUAUUACUGGUCAAAUGUGUAGAGUGAUGCCUUAAAGCAGUGGACUGAUUUUGUGCUGGACAUCCAUGUUAUAACAUCCCUUAUUUACAUAAGUCAAAUAAAUUUU